CCGCCAUUACUCACCAUUACACCCCACGCGCCAAUACUGACCCAACUAUUGCUCGAUAGUCGACGUAUUUAUAUAUUCGUUCGAAUGAUUUUUCAAAUGUACAUUUAAAAUGUAAUGCAUGUCUAUUGUAGAACAAUGUGCGCAACGGCUGUACAAACGGGUUGAGUAAAAAGAAGCCACACGUGCUAGUUUGAUCGGUCACAACGUCUAAACGUUCAAGAACACUUGUACGUAAAAUGAACAUCGCGUAAAACAUCAAAAUGUUGGCUAAAUAACGGCAAAGGGUAACGUUUUCAAACAAAGUGUUUGAGGUUUGGUUUAAUUUAUAGAGAAACGUGAGCAAGGUCUGUCUGAGGAGGCGCCAUGUUGUCAAGAAAGAAACUCUCCAUUUUUGUCUCUCUGAUUUCCGCUCUAUCUUCGUCUUUCGCCGUAGGAAUACGCCAUCGACAUGUAGCUUCCAUCUUACAUAAGCUAUAAAAUACCACCAAUUUGCAGUGUAACAAAUAAAGUCACGAUGGUGGCGUCUUUAUGAUAUGUCCAUGUUGCCUGCCCGGCGGCUUGCAAUCUGCUCUUUUCUCAUUGGUGACUCAAUGCCACAGUCUUAGCCAUAGGGUACGAGAACUUGUUCUUGACAACUGCAGAUCAAAUGAAGGGAAAAUUGAAGGCCUUACAGCAGAUUUUGUAAAUCUUGAAUUUUUAAGUUUGAUAAAUGUUGGCCUACUCUCAGUUUCCAACCUUCCAAAACUUGGAAAGCUUAAAAAGUUGGAACUCAGUGAUAACAGAAUCUCAGGUGGCCUUGAUGUUUUAGCUGAAAAACUCCCCAAUCUCACACAUCUAAACCUUAGUGGAAACAAACUGAAAGACAUCAGCACAUUGGAACCCUUGAAAAAGCUUGACCAUUUGAAGAGUCUCGAUCUUUUCAAUUGUGAAGUCACAAACUUGAAUGACUACAGGGAAAGUGUGUUCAAGCUCCUUCCACAGCUCACAUAUCUUGAUGGCUAUGACAUGGAUGACCAAGAGGCAUCAGAUUCUGAUGGAGAAGCUGACGGAGAUGGAGUCGAUGAUGAUGAUGAUGAUGAUGAGGAAGGAGAAGAAGAGGAGGAUGAGGAUGGAGAAGAGGAGGAGUUUGAUGAAGAUGAUGAUGAUGAUGAUGAAGUUGAAGGUGAAGAGGAUGAGGAGGAUGCCAGUGGAGAAGAUGAGGAAGAAGACUUUGGUCAGGAUGGAGAAGUAGAUGAUGAAGAUGAGGAUGAUGACGACGAUGAUGAUGAAGAAGAAGAGGAAGGAGGAAAAGGUGAGAAGAGAAAACGAGAAGCUGAAGAUGAAGAUGAGGACGAUGAUGAUGAGGAUGAUUAAGAGCCAAUGAACAACUCCGUUACCAACCCUUCCCUUCUUCUCCUUUUCAACAACUUGGCUAUCCCAUCAACCUUGCUACCCCUCCACCCCCUUUUUCUACCCAAGCGCUAAGCUCCCUGUGGGGGCAAGACUGUACUGGACGGGUGGAGCUGUGCAUAAGGAGCCUACGAGCUGAAUGAGAGCCUUCUGGAUCGGUGGCUUACUCAGCAUUCCACAAGUCUACUGUCAAUCCCCUGCCCGUUUGUGUUUCAAAACCUGUGGGGACUUUGGGGACUGGUAUUUAGUUUUGGGUCUGUGCUUUUAAUAUUUUGUUAAAAUGAUUUUUUUUCUUCUUUUUUUGACAUUUCCUCCCCAUUUAGUUUUUGUUUUCCAAUUCCCAAUAAGAAUGCUAUAGCAAAUGUGUAACAAGCGAGCCAUAAUUUUAGUGUGGCAGUCUGUGGCACAAAUCAAGGUUGUAGCUACAUUUUUACUUUCUGUAAGACAAAAACAAACUUUGUAAAUAAAAUAACAUUUUGUGCUUUG